UUGCAGAAUCUUGAUAUUAUAAUUGGAGACAUUACAAUCGUAGCGAGUCGCACAAAAUGUGUUGAUUUCACAGUGCCGUAUUUAGAUUCAAGCAUGGCAAUGGUGGUAAAGGUGAGGUCCGACUCCAAAAAUGGGUGGAUUCUCCUCACACCUUUUGAUCGGUUACUAUGGUUAAUUCUUGCUGCGAUUUUUGUGGGUGCAACUGUUAUUGUAAUUCUAUUGGAAAUAAAAACGAAGCAUGAUGUUGAAAGCAAAUUCAAACACUUUGUCCGCAAUCCCUUCCUCAUUUACAUGAGCGAUGUUGAGUUUUUGAAAAGUGGGGCUUCUAAGUGGGUGGUGCUAGCAGUCACGUUUCUGUUGAGCAUAGCAGUGCAAGUUUACACAGCAAAUUUGACGUCAAUUUUAACAGAAAGGACAACGGCAAAGCCUUCUCCAUGGAAGGACUUGCAAGAGAUCAAAAGGAACAGUCGGUUAGUGGGAUAUUAA